CCACGCUCCACUCCAAAGGGAGUGGUGGAUCGUAGCAUAUACCCGUUCGCCUCUCACUUCGCAUCUUCCUCGUAUCUAUUUUCCGUUUGUGUGUCUUCUCUCUAUCUCUCUCGACAUCCGUUUCUCUCUCUCUUUCUGUAACUCUAACGUACAAUUAACAAACCGUGCCUAAUUUUGUCUUAAAAGUGCAACGUUACAACGAAUGUCACCUCUGUGAUUUAGCCGAGAUUAAUAAAGUGUGUGUAUCGAUGAAGGGACAGGUCGAUUGAAAAGAUUCUUGCCGAAAGUAAUUAUUCCACGGACACCCCUCGGUCCUCGUCCGAUCCGUCUGAUGAAGUAGCAAAAUGCCGCGCUGCUACAUGGUGAAGAAAGCGUGCAACAAAUACCAGAACCAACGUGAAAACAGUCCCGAAGGUGCUACCAGCCAGGAACAGGCUCAAAUCGAGGAACAAGUAUUUUUCGAACAGAACACCGAUAACGACAACUGUCCGGUUCUCAUGACCAAAAGGCUGUGCAGUAACGAAAACGGAGCAGCUGUUCAUUAUCAAGAAUAUAGAUACAUUACGAACGAUAAUAUCGAAAGCGAGAGGACCGAACCAGUAAGCUGUCAUGACGGUGGAAUCCCGAUAUUCCGAUUGCGAAGCGUCGAGGAAACGGAAGCUGCCCACGAUCUGCUGGAAUUAUCCAGAUCCCUACCUCCGCUUCCGGCCCCGGGAGUGACCCCUCACUACCCGACGAACGCCGGACCACCAGAGCCGAUUUACCAGAGUUCCGAGCCUGUUUACCAUUGCUGUGGCAGCACCGACGUGAGCUACAGGCCGACUCCCCAGCCCCCACCGCCUUUAACGCCCCCAAAUUCGGAAUAUUCGUCCGACGCUGAAAACAACAAUCCGAAUCCUCAGACGACUCAAGCGACACAGGUCCAACAAGCGAACGCGGUCGUCUACACGUACGAUGCCCUCCUCGUCACCGACGGCAGGUCGAAGAACCGGAAAGAGAGAAAAGCCCCCGGGAGGGCGGCCCCUUUGAGUCCAUCAUCAUCCGACGACGGAGUGACGACAGAAGUGGAGGAGAACGGCUGUGAAAAGACCGGACGUUAUACCUGCUCAGAAUGCGGAAAGAAAUACGCCACUUCGAGCAACCUGUCCAGGCACAAACAGACACACAGAAGCCUGGAUUCCCAGUCGGCAAAAAAGUGCGUGACAUGCGGGAAAGCGUACGUGAGCAUGCCCGCUCUGGCGAUGCAUCUCCUUACGCACAAGUUGAGCCACGCGUGCGGCGUCUGCGGGAAGCUGUUCUCCAGGCCGUGGCUGCUGCAGGGUCAUUUGAGGUCGCACACAGGAGAAAAGCCGUACGGAUGCGCGCAUUGCGGGAAAGCUUUCGCCGACAGGUCGAACCUGAGAGCGCACAUGCAGACACACUCCACCGACAAGAACUACCAAUGCACGAGGUGCCACAAGACGUUCGCUCUCAAAUCCUACCUCAAUAAACACCUGGAAUCCGCUUGUAUCAAGGAAGAACAGGACGGUGUCGAAAUGAAAGUCGUGUUCGAAACUGUACGCUCAGCAGUACAGGUUCAGUAGCAGCAAAGGGAUUUCUCUGUGAUACAAUUCGCAAAGAGAAAAACGCAGGACUAGUGAUAAAUGAUACAAUAUUCGGGCCAGACUCCCUUUAAAACGCCAAACACACCAAAAAAAUUAAUGAUAUAAUGAACACUCAGUGAUAACAUUAAAAUUUUAUUAAAAUCUAUUUAAGUAAACAAAAAGACAGGCUAAUUAUCAAAAAAUAAAAAAAAUAAAGUAUAUGGUAAUUUAGCUAUAAACAAAGUUAUAUUUUCGUCUUUAUUCGAGCAACGAUAGAAUAUUAGAUAUAAAGUAAUACUAGUCUUGAAUACUCAUAAAAAAACUAUCCAAUUAAUUUUUAUAAAUGAUAUAUAUUUACAAGAUAUAAAUUAAAAUACCAGUUUUGAUAUUUGUCAAUAAUGACGUAAUCGUUUAGCCUAUUGACCUGCUCAAAAACGUGUUUGUUGUAAUAACAAGAAAAAUACUCAUAUUUAUCUAAUGGAAGAGAGUAUUUAAAGAUAUGGCAAAUUCAGUAUAAUAUUUUAUAGACUGGAGUUGUAAUUAAAAUAUAAAAUAAUAUAUAGCCAUAGGUAUUUUUGGUAUAUCUUAAGUGAGUAUAUUAUAUAUAAUAUAUAUUCCUACUGUGUAAUUUAUAGUUAUUGCAAACAUUAGGAAGGCUACAAGAAUCGAAAUAGUGAAUUAAUAACGUCUGGCAUGUUACUUUUAGAAGCUUACAUAUUUUUCGUUAAGAAUUUUACAGAUUUCAUUAGAUCUAACGCCAGAUAACCAUUCCCGAUUAAAUAAAUAGGCUUAUGUUCCCUGGCCCGUUGGAAGGCCGUGAAAGCAGCUUGAAAUAUCAAAAUACGGCCAUUAUUUUAAAACGUAUAGUUUUAUAAUCUUAUAAAAAUGUACAGACUAAUUUGACACAGGCUCAUAUUAAACAGUACUUAUGAGUAAGUGAUGAUGAAUGAUGGUAGAAACAAGGGUGUGUGCAUUUGUUUAGUUGAAUAUCAGUUUAGGGUUCAAUGUUUUCUAGUCAUUUUGUGAUGGAUACCAAAAUGUAAUUUUAAAAAUUUUAUCAUUUACAUCAACAAACGACCAAUUAGAGUGUUAUUUGACGGAUAUUAAUGUUUUUAUACUUAGUUUUAAAAAUCCAUACAAUGUGAAAGUUAGUUAUAGUUUCCAUUCGUAAAUUGUUUAAUGAGAAAAUAGUUACAGUGCCGUUUGAAUUAUGUGAAUCCUACAAUGUUUUGCCGGUAAAUUUAUAAGGCCUUAAAUUAGAUAUCCUUUUACAAAUUUUGUAACGUAAUGAUUCCUUAGCUACUUAAAAAAAAAGGAAGAGCUCAUACUUAAUUAUUAAAAGAGUGAAGACUAGGGAGUGUAUAAAGAAAAAAAAGAUAUUACGCUUAAAUGGAUGGUUAUAUGAUGGAGACGGGUGAAAGUAUGAGCUCUAUCAAGUUGCACGGAUCUUGUUAACAUUUUUAUGAUUUUGUAACUCAUAGAUGUAAAAAUCUUUAUAUAUUAUAUAUUACAAAAGAAAUUUAUUAUAAUUCGAACAGGAUUUUCAAUCGCUUGAAACUUUGAUCCAUGGUGGCAAUCCUUCAGUAGUUUCUUCCGAUCAUUUCUAAUAGCUUAAAGGACCAAGAACCGAUAGAACACCAUAAUUAUUCAUACAAUAUUGGCUUGAACUUCAAUUCUGUAUAAAUUAAUUAACAGUACAAAUUGCAGAUAAAACGAAAAGCUUUAGGUUUACUCAUAAGCAGCUUGUUUUAUAAUUAAAAAAAAUGCGGGUAUUUCUUUUAUUAAUAAACUUUUUUCAUAUCACACCAAUUUGCGUAUAAAAGACUUAGACUUGUAUUAUCCAAAUUUUUAAAAAAAAUAAUACGCUGUGAGGUUAUUGAAAAUAAUUUCUGUCAAAACAUAGCUUGUUAUAUAUUUUAUUGAAAAUUUGUGAACUUUGCAUGUGAGAUAGUUGGAUAGUAGAUUUUUCUAGUCAAAACCCUGGAAAACGCCAUGGGUCAGCCCUGAAAUGGCAGUGAAAAAAGCAGGCUCCAUUUUAACACAAGAAGCAAUUGAGCUUCAUGUUUCCAAAAGAAGUUCGGAGUUAUUUAGUAAAAAGUGGCAAUAAAAUAGCAAUAUA